CCUUUAGAUGGAAGAGUGGCUGGCUAAAUGGACCUUUAGAGGGAAGAGCGGCUGGCUAAAUGGACCUUUAGAGGGAAGAGCGGCUGGCUAAAUGGACCUUUAGAGGGAAGAGCGGCUGGCUAAAUGGACCUUUAGAGGGAAGAGCGGCUGGCUAAAUGGACCUUUUUAGAUAGAAAGCUGCAAUAGCAGGCAGAGAGAGCAAAUACCUGGAACCGCUGACCGUUUAUGACACCGAUAUAGAACUGCAGCUAGAAUAGCCUUCUUCCUCAUCCCAAGUAUUCAUUCAUCAGCUGAACAGAAACAUCACACACGGUAAAGCUGGUGAUUUGUAUAAUGUAGUGCCUGUUUGGAGGGAUAAAGCCCAGUCAAUAAACCCCCUAGCGACAAUUGACAGGAUUUGUCAGAAGGCCUCGGAACAUCGGAACACUGUGACGGAACUCGAAAGGAUACAUUUCAUCCCCACCAGAGCUUCAGUGUGUCAAAGUGUUCUGUUGAGAGAGAGAGAGACUCAUCUUUUAGACCGAGAUCGCCAAGCGGCUCAACGCGAUUCUAGCUCAAAUUAUGCCUUUCCUGUCACAAGAGCACCAACAGCAGGUAGCCCAGGCAGUAGACCGAGCUAAACAGGUCACCAUGACUGAGCUCAAUGCCACCAUCGGGGUACGUGGGCUUCCUCUCACCCAGCAACAGCUCCAGGCUCAGCACCUGUCCCAUGCAGCCCACGGUGGUCCUCCCCUCCUGGCCGCCCACCCCUCUGGGCUCCAGCCUCCUGGGAUAAUCCCAGGGUCUGGGCUGCUGGCCCUGGGAGCUCUGGGGAGCCAGGCUAAUCUCCCUGUUAAGGAUGAGAAGAAUCAUCACGACGUGGAACACAGAGAGAGCACGAAUAACAUCUCCCCGACUGACAGCUUGAACACAGCCAGUGAGAAACACUACAGUCUGGACUCUAAGAAACGCAAAGUGGACGAGAAGGACAGUAUGAGCAGAUACGACAGUGACGGAGAUAAGAGUGAUGACCUGGUCGUAGAUGUGUCCAAUGAGGACCCCGCUACCCCUCGGGCUAGCCCCGCUCACUCGCCCGAGGGGAACGGCAUCGGUAAGCCCCACCCCCAGAAGGACACGCCCACCAGCCCCGCCUCUGUAGCAUCGUCCAGUAGCACGCCCUCCUCCAAGAACAAGGAAAACCAUAAUGACAAGUCAUCAAUGCCAGGCCUGAAGUCGACCACCCCCACCCCUCGUAGCGACGCCCCCACCCCAGGCACCUCCACCACUCCUGGGCUGCGGCCCAUCCUAGGCAAACCCCCUGGCAUGGAGGCUAUGGCUCUGAGGACUCCCCUGUACCCUCCCUUCGUUAUGAUGGGUCAUCAUCCUGAGAUGAACGGAGGUCUGACCAGCCCUGGUGUCUACGCUGGACUGCACGUCUCCCCUCAGAUGAGCGCUGCCGUUGCUGCGUACGGACGAACGCCCAUGGGAUUUGAUCCUCAUCCCCACAUGAGACCGGGUCUUCCAGCCAGUCUCACGUCUAUAUCUGGAGGAAAACCAGCCUACUCCUUCCACGUGAGUGCGGACGGCCAGAUGCAGCCGGUACCAUUCCCUCCGGACGCCCUGAUAGGCCCGGGGAUUCCCCGGCACGCCCGUCAGAUCAACACGCUGAGCCACGGCGAGGUGGUGUGUGCUGUCACUAUAUCCAACCCAACCAGACACGUCUACACAGGAGGGAAGGGCUGUGUCAAGAUCUGGGACAUCAGCCAACCGGGCAGCAAGAGUCCUGUCUCUCAACUAGACUGUCUGAACAGGGAUAACUACAUCCGUUCCUGUAAGCUGCUCCCUGACGGUCGUACCCUGAUCGUAGGAGGAGAGGCCAGUACUUUAACCAUCUGGGAUCUGGCCUCCCAGACGCCUCGUAUCAAGGCUGAGCUGACGUCCUCCGCCCCGGCCUGCUACGCCCUCGCCAUCUCCCCAGACGCCAAGGUCUGUUUCUCCUGUUGCAGCGAUGGGAACAUCGCCGUCUGGGACCUGCACAACCAGACUCUCGUCAGGCAGUUCCAGGGCCAUACGGACGGGGCCAGCUGUAUAGAUAUCUCUCACGAUGGGACCAAGCUGUGGACAGGAGGUCUGGAUAACACGGUACGCUCCUGGGACCUGAGAGAGGGACGACAACUACAGCAGCACGACUUCACCUCACAGAUCUUCUCUCUAGGAUACUGUCCAACAGGGGAAUGGUUGGCUGUAGGGAUGGAGAGCAGUAAUGUAGAGGUCCUUCACCACACCAAGCCUGACAAAUACCAGCUACAUCUCCACGAGAGCUGUGUCCUCUCCCUCAAGUUCGCUAACUGCGGUAAAUGGUUUGUGUCUACAGGGAAGGACAACCUGCUGAAUGCCUGGAGGACUCCAUAUGGAGCCAGUAUAUUCCAGUCGAAGGAGUCUUCGUCAGUCCUGAGCUGUGACAUCUCAGCAGACGACAAGUACAUCGUCACAGGCUCCGGGGACAAGAAGGCUACUGUCUACGAGGUCAUCUACUAGAGACAGACACACAGACGGAUGGACAGAUGGGAUUGUGGUGGAUUGGAGAACCUCAGAUGGGAUUAUGGUGGAUUGGAGAACCUCAGAUGGGAUUAUGAUGGAGUGGAGGACGUCAAAUGGGAUUAUGGUGGAUUGGAGGACCUCAGAUGGGAUUAUGGUGGAGUGGAGAACCUCAGAUGGGAUUAUGGUGGAGUGGAGAACCUCAAAUGGGAUUAUGGUGGAUUGGAGAACCUCAGAUGGGAUUAUGGUGGAGAGGAGGACCUCAAAUGGGAUUAUGGUGGAUUGGAGAACCUCAGAUUGGAUUAUGAUGGAGUGGAGGACCUCAAAUGGGAUUAUGGUGGAUCGGAGAACCUCAGAUGGGAUUAUAAUGGAGUGGAGGACCUCAAAUGGGAUUAUGGUGGAUUGGAGAACCUCAGAUGGGAUUAUGGUGGAGUGGAGAACCUCAAAUGGGAUUAUGGUGGAUUGGAGGACCUCAGAUGGGAUUAUGGUGGAGUGGAGAACCUCAAAUGGGAUUAUGGUGGAUUGGAGAACCUCAGGUGGGAUUAUGAUGGAGUGGAGGACCUCAAAUGGGAUUAUGGUGGAUUGGAGAACCUCAGAUGGGAUUGUGGUGGAGAGGAGGACCUCAGAUGGGAUUAUGAUGGAGUGGAGGACCUCAGAUGGGAUUAUGGUGGAGUGGAGGACCUCAGAUGGGAUUAUGGUGGAGUGGAGGACCUCAGAUGGGAUUAUGGUGGAGAGGAGGACCUCAAAUCGGAUUAUGGUGGAUUGGAGAACCUCAGAUGGGAUUAUGGUGGAUUGGAGAACCUCAGAUGGGAUUCUGAUGGAGAGAAGGACCUCAAAUGGGAUUGUGGUGGAGUGGAGGACCUCAGAUGGGAUUAUGGUGGAGUGGAGGACCUCAGAUGGGAUUACGGUGGAGUGGAGGACCUCAGAUGGGAUUAUGGUGGAGUGGAGGACCUCAGAUGGGAUUAUGGUGGAGUGGAGGACCUCAGAUGGGAUUGUGGUGGAGUGGAGGACCUCAGAUGGGAUUGUGGUGGAGUGGAGGAUCUCAAAUAUGAUUAUGGUGGAGUAGAGGACCUCAAAUGGGAUUAUGGUGGAGUGGAGGACCUCAGAUGGGAUUAUGGUGGAGUGGAGGACCUCAGAUGGGAUUAUGGUGGAGUGGAGGACCUCAGAUGGGAUUGUGGUGGAGUGGAGGACCUCAGAUGGGAUUAUGGUGGAUUGGAGAACCUCAGAUGGGAUUAUGGUGGAGUAGAGGACCUCAAAUGGGAUUGUGGUGGAGUGGAGGACCUCAGAUGGGAUUGUGGUGGAGUGGAGGACCUCAGAUGGGAUUGUGGUGGAGUGGAGGAUCUCAAAUAUGAUUAUGGUGAAGUGGAGGACCUCAACAUGCUCAGGAACACUGGAUGACUCCUUCCUCCCUCACAGAGACAGACAUCCUGGAUGUGAUGUUGGCGUUCUGGAGUCUGCUGGCCCACAGCCCCCCGGCGAUCUGGGACGCUUCGCUGACCUGGGUAGGAGGGCCGGGCCGGGGCUGAGUUUGGCCAAACGUGACCAGACUGGUAUUGUGUCUCAGGCUCUGCCAGCCCUCCCUCGUCAGGACUAAGGAAUAGCCUUACACUAGCUGAGUGAGUUAAGGAAGCUCCAGAGGAAGUAAGAGAAAUAUUGUUUUGAAUCACUAUUUGUUUUAUGUGUCUCGGCAGCACAGAGAGGGUACAGAGGAGAGAGGUUCGAGGUUCAUUUUGACUCAGCGUGAAGAAGCAGCCUGUGUUUAGUCAAAUGUACAUAGUAGUUUAGCUGGUGUACGUGACGGCGGAAUAAAAGGCCUUUGUUUUCUGGUGUCCAGAUUCACUCUC